GUCCUUGGCCAACAACAACCUGCAGACGCUGCCCCGGGACCUCUUCAAGCCCCUGGACAUCCUGAGCGACCUGGACCUUCGGGGCAACACGCUGGAGUGUGACUGCAAGAUCAAGUGGCUGGGGGGGGGGCUGGAGAGCACCAACACCACGGUCCCCGCCGUCUUCUGCAGCAGCCCCGGGCCACCCCCUGCCCAGCGCAUCCGCGACCUGGCGCUGGGUGACUUCCAGUGUGUCACCACGGAUUUCGUGGUGCACCAGGUCCUGCCCUUCCAGUCCGUGUCGGCCGAGCCCUUCACCUACGCCAGUGCUGUACGUGGCCCUGGCACAGCCUGGUGCCAGCAGCUGCGCCAUCCUCAAGUGGGACUACGUGGAGCGCAAGCUGCGGGAUUUCGACCGCAUCCCCGGUAAGCCAUCCGGCUGGGGGGCUCCUCCCCGCUCACUCGGCGGUGCACUGCAAGCCCAUCGUGGCGCAGGACCAGCUCUACGUGGUGGUCUCAGCUCUUCGGCGGCUCCUACAUCUACCGCUGGGACACCGCCGUGGAUAAAUUCAUCAAAAUCCAAGAUAUCGACAGCCAGAAGACCCGUAAGCCAAAUGACAUCGAAGCCUUCCAAAUCGACGGCGACUGGCCCCGCGACACCGACGUGGAGUACGUGGAGACCGACGGCAAACCCCGCCUGCUCAUCGCCAGCAGCUCCCAAGCCCCCGUCAUCUACCAGUGGAACCGGGCGCAGAAGCAAUUCACCCCCCAGGGAGAAGUGGGGGAGAUGCUGGACGUGCAGAUGGUGAAACACUUCAAGGUGAAACGGGACCAGUUCCUCUGCCUCAGCCGCUACAUCGGCGACUCCAAAGUGGUGCGAUGGGAAGGGCAGCGCUUCGUCGAGCUCCAGACGCUGCCGUCCCGCGGC